GGAUAGCUACCCUCUGCCUAGGAUCAGUGAUACUCUGGAAGCAAUGGAAGGAGCACAAUAGUUCUCAACUUUGGACUUGAAAAGUAGUUAUUGGCAAGUCGAGAUACAUCCUGAAGACAAAGAAAAGAUUGUAGCAGUUCAUAGCGUUGCCUUUUGGACUUUGCAAUUCUCCAGCGACUUUUGAACACCUAAUGGAAUGCGUCCUGUAAGUACUCACAUGGAAAUCUAGCCUAGUCUAUUUGGAUGACGUCAUUGUAUACGGGAAAACAUUUGACGAACACUACAAAUCUGAGCGCAGUUAACCCAGAGAAGUGUUCACUCUUCAAAACCAAAGUGAAAUAUCUGGGACAUAUCAUCUCAUCCCAUGGAGUAAAAACGGAUCAUGAUAAGGUUGAAACCGUGAAGAAUUGGCCAACACCACAGGACAAACACCAACUCCGAAGCUUUCUGGGUCUAGCCACCCACUAUAGGCGCUUUGUGAAGGACUUUGCUUGAAUCGCCAAGAGUCUACAUCAGUUAACGGAAAAGGAAAAGCAGUUUAAAUGGUCAGGUGAGUGCGAGCGCAGCUUUCAAGAGCUCAAGCAACGCUUGUGUAAUGCACCAGUGCUGACCUACCCAACUCUACAAAAACCGCUCAUAAUUGAUUCUGAUGCCAGCAAAUGUCGGGAUAGGUGCUGUACUAUCGCAUGUGCAUAAUGGCGAAGAGAAGGUGAUUUUCUAUUACAGCAAGGUUCUCUCGAAGUCGGAAAUGAACUAUUGUCUGACCAGAAGAGAACUUCUUGCACUUAUUUUGGCAACAAAGCAUUCCCAUAAGUAUCUCUAUGGACAGAAGUUUCUUCUCCGAACUGACCCUGGAGCACUUAACUGGCUUUUAAAUUUCAAGAAUCCAGAGAGUGAAGUGGCAAGGUGGAUUGAGAGGCUGCAGAAGUACGAUUACGAAAUUCAACAUCGGAAGCGGAAGCUUCACUCAAAAGCAGAUGCACUGUAUCGGAGACCAUGCAAGCAAGACUGUAAGCAUUACAGACGACAAGAAGAAAAAGAAGUUGUUACUGCCCAACGAACCAGAGCCAAUCCCAUUUAUGGCUGAAGCAACGACGAGUUGAGGAGGGCUCAACAAGAAGACUAAGAUAUCGAACCCAUCCUCGCUUGGAAGGAACACCAGGAAAAACCAGAAUGGGCUGAUAUCUCCGAUAGAAGUCCGACUUUGAAAGCCUAUUGGGCACAGUAGGACUCAGCAGAUGAAAAGUCUUAUGUAAUGCAGUUAGUCUUACCGAGAUCGAAGUUUAUAGACGUUCUGCGAGAGAUGCAUGGUGGAUUUUCGGGAGGCCAUCUAGAAGUGAACAAGACGCUAGAAAAGGUUCUACAACGAUUUUACUGGCUACAUGCAAGGGAAGACGUCGAGAAGCCGAAAAUGCGAUACCUGUGCUGCCACCAAAGCCCCGAACAAAAAGAACCACAGCCAAAUGCAGCAGUAUAAUUUCGGAGCACCCUUAAAAAGGAUUGAAAUAGACGUGGCGGGUCCAUUUAGGGAAACAAAUAAAUAAUUGAAAUCGUUAUAUUCUGGUCGUCAUGGAUUACUUCAGCAAGUGGCCUGAAGUAUUCGCCAUUCCAAACCAAGAAGCUAAAACAGUCGCAGACCAAAUUGUCUUCAACUGGAAAGUUUGUGGCCCUCUUGACAUCAAGAAGACAAGAACAACACCACUUCACCCACAAACUGAUGACAUGGUCGAACGAUUAAACCGAACUCUGAAGGAACAUCUUUGCAAAGUUGUGAAAGAAAACCAGCGAGAUUGGGAUCGACCCAUUCCAUUGUUUUUGAUGUCGUAUCGAAGUACAAGACAUAGCUCAACUGGCCAUGCACCGUCUGAGAUUUUGAUGGGAAGGAACAUCAGACUGCAGAGCGAAAUAAAAUUUGGAUGUCCCACGUCGGAGCCACAGGUCGAAAAUGACUACAUUGAUGACCUCAGAGAAAAACUCCAGAUUCACGACAAUACCAGGUUGAAUAUAAAGAUGUUCAGUGACCAAUUGAAGUCACGCUACGAAAUACGAGCGGCAACAACAGAGUUCCAAGCAGAAGAUCGGGUGUGGCUUUAGUACCCCCUUCGACGAAAAGGGUUGUCACCGAAACUAAAACGG